UUUGCUCCACAUUGGCUUCUACUUUGCAGAAUGUAGGAGCCUCUCCUUCUGCCAAGAUGUUCAGAAUGAAGAGAUUUAUGCAGAGGAUCUGGAUUCUCCUGCAUGUGUGCCUGUCUACCAUCAUUGGUAAAAUCUGUAUGCUCUUCUUCCCAGAUACUGUAAAGAGAUAUAUCCUGAAGCAGGGAGGAAAAACCAGCAUAGGAGAGAACCCAAAAUUCAGCUAUGAAAAUUGGGGUCCAACUUUCUUCAGCUUCCCGUACUUAUUCUUUGUCUUGAAAGUUAAAUGGAAAAGGCUGGAAGAUGAAGCCCUUCAAGGCUGUCCUGCUCCUAACACCCCUGUAGCAGAUCUCAGUGGAGAAAUUCGUCACAUCCUGGAUUUCAUGCAUGGUAACAGGCCUUUGGUCCUAACAUUUGGAAGUUGUACCUGACCCUCAUUUAUAUUCAAAUUUAGCGAGUUUAAUAAACUUGUUGAAGAUUUCAAAUCUAUAGCAGACUUUCUUGUAAUCUACAUUGAAGAAGCUCAUGCCUCAGAUGGAUGGGCUUUUAAGAACAAUAUUGUCAUUAAAAGUCACCAAACCCUCCAAGAUCGUAUACAGGCUGCACAGAUCCUCCUAAAAGAGCAACCCUUAUGUCCAGUGGUUCUAGACACAAUGGAAAACUUGAGCAGUAAUAAAUAUGCAGCUCUGCCAGAAAGACUGUAUGUGCUUCAAAAGGGAAAGGUUGUGUAUAAGGGUAGACCAGGACCCUGGCAUUAUUGUCCACAAGAAGUACGUGAAUUUUUGGAAGAACUUUAAAUCCAAAAAACCACCCCAAAGCAACCUGUUUGUGAGCAGCACACAGAUUCCAUUGCCUGAUUACAUUUUUUAAAAGUAUUUUUUAUUUAGAAGGGGCUGUAUACAUUUAGAAAGGGUAAAGGUGAAAACUUGUACAUUGUUAUGUAAUCAGCAGUCAUAAACUCUCAAUUAAAUACAAACACAAACAAUAAAUUAACCAUCUAUUUAUUAUAUUCACUCUAGAUUACUUGCAAAUGCUAAUCUCCAUCCUUGUAAUUGCCAGCAAUGGAUGCACAUAUUGCUUUAGACAUUUGAAAAGUAUCUUUGUGAUUUUUUUGGGUAAGCAAGCCAUUCAACUGAAAUGACUCACCAGAGUUUCAAUCAUAUUUGAAAUCAUGGUUAAUUUUUUUAAAAAU